CUGCACCUGCGCACUGGGCAAGCCUUGGGCUUCCGGAGCCAAAAGGCCCCGGAAGUGGUCGGCCGCUUGCGACGCUCCGGAAGUGACGUGCUCUCCCGAGCCGGGGCCAUGGCACCUGCAAGGCGUUUCUCAGCAAGAUUGAGGACCGUGUUUCAGGGCGUGGGGCAUUGGGCUUUGUCCACAUGGGCUGGCCUGAAGCCCAGCCGGCUACUGCCACAGCAGGCUUCUCCCAGGCUACUCUCGGUCGGCUGUGCGGACCUCGCCAAGCAUCAGAAACUCCCGGGGAAGAAGCCGCUCUCUGAGAAAAAGCUGAAAAGGUAUUUUGUGGACUAUCGGAGAGUGCUUGUCUGUGGAGGAAAUGGAGGCGCUGGGGCAAGCUGCUUCCACAGUGAGCCCCGCAAGGAGUUUGGAGGCCCUGAUGGAGGGGACGGAGGCAACGGUGGACACGUCAUUCUGAGAGUUGACCAGCAAGUCAAGUCCCUGUCGUCGGUCCUGUCGCGGUACCAGGGUUUCAGUGGAGAAGAUGGAGGGAGUAAAAACUGCUUCGGGCGCAGUGGCGCUGUCCUCUACAUCCGGGUCCCCGUGGGCACGCUGGUGAAGGAGGGAGGCAGAGUUGUGGCCGACCUGUCUUGCGUGGGAGUUGAGUACAUUGCCGCGCUGGGCGGGGCAGGAGGGAAAGGCAACCGCUUCUUCCUGGCCAACAACAACCGUGCCCCUGUGACCUGUACCCCUGGACAGCCAGGACAGCAGCGAGUUCUCCACCUGGAGCUCAAGACGGUGGCCCACGCCGGAAUGGUGGGAUUCCCCAACGCCGGGAAGUCCUCACUGCUCCGGGCCAUUUCAAACGCCAGACCCGCUGUGGCUUCCUACCCGUUCACCACCCUGAAGCCCCACGUUGGGAUCGUCCACUACGAAGGCCACCUACAAAUAGCAGUGGCCGACAUCCCCGGCAUCAUACGAGGCGCCCACCAGAACAGGGGUCUGGGGUCCGCCUUCCUCAGGCACAUCGAGCGCUGCCGCUUUCUCUUGUUCGUGGUGGAUCUUUCUCAGCCUGAGCCGUGGACUCAAGUUGACGAUUUAAAAUAUGAACUGGAGAUGUAUGAAAAGGGCCUGUCUGCGAGGCCCCACGCAAUCGUCGCAAACAAGAUUGACCUCCCUGAAGCCCAAGCCAAUCUGUCCCAGCUCCAGGAUCACUUGGGACAGGAGGUCAUCGUGCUGUCGGCGUUGACCGGCGAGAACCUGGAGCAGCUGCUGUUGCACCUGAAGGUGCUGUAUGACGCCUACGCGGAGGCCGAGCUGGGCCAGGGCCGCCAGCCGCUCAGGUGGUAGCCACGCCAGAGCGGGAUCGCCUCUGGGCCUCUGUCUGAGCAAACCUGGGUGUGAAUUCGGUGGUUUUGAAUGCAUAAAGUGCCUUGUGGACGCGG